AUGUGGGGUAAAACCCUUUGGGCCAAUUUAAAUCCACAAGCUUUAGUAGAUGGUAUUGACGGAUUUUUGAAAACAUUUAGAAAGUUGCCAAAAGAAAUAAGGAUUCAAGCUGUUGGUGCGACUCUAGAAAAUCAAAUGAAACUGUUUCGAAAUGCAGUUCCAUUAAUGGUGGCUUUAAAAAAUGAAGCAUUGAGAGACAGACACUGGAAGUUACUAAUGGAGAAAACCGGAAUCGAAUUCGAUAUGGCGCCUGAUCGGUGA